GUGAGAUCUCUGCCGGAAAACGCACGUUUGGAAGAACGUAAGCAGAAGGUUGAAGAGACAGUAAUUUGGUGAGUCUUGCUGUUGAAAGACAACUUGCGUGUGAAAUGGCUGAGAAGAUUGCUCUGGUUGAAAGGUUCCUGAGUUGCCACGUGUGUUCAGAGACUUUCACGGAUCCCGUGUCUCUGCCCUGCAGCCACAACUUCUGUUCAAGCUGCCUUCAAAACCUCUGGGAACAGGCUAAAAACAAAAACUGUCCCAUUUGUAAAAGAAAAUCCUCAAAGGAUUAUCCAUCCAUAAACGUUUCUCUCAAAGAACUAGCUGACGCCUUUGCUAAGAGGGAGACUGAUGCUUCACCCGAGACAGAAAAGGACAGAGAGAGUGAGAAGGAGGAGGUGGUGUGUGAUAAACAUCCAGAAGUUCCUUAUUGGUUCUGUGAGGAUGAAGGCAGAGCUGUGUGUCCUGUCUGUGAGUUUUCCCUCCACCAGAGUCACAAGGUGUUUCCAAUAGAACAAGUAGUCAGUGACCUGAAGGAGCAGCUGAAAUCUGACUUAAAGUCUCUACAGGACAAAAGGGACAAAUACAAACAAGUGGAGAAAACAUACGAUGCAACGAUUCAAUACUCCAAGAAGCAGCUGUUGUCCACAGAGAGGCAGAUGAGAGCAGAGUUCAACAAGCUCCACCAGUUCCUGAAAAAGGAAGAGGAGUCCAGACUGGCAGCUCUGAGGGAGGAAGAGGAGCAGAAGGGGAAGACCCUCAGCCGAGAGAAGAAGAUGAUUCAGGAGCAGAUCUGCUCCCUGUCAGACAGUAUCUCUGCCGUUGAAGAAGACCUGCAGAAACAAAACAUCCCGUUCCUCAGCAGUUGUGAACCCACUCGGACCAGAGCCAGAGCCCUGUGCUCAGCGUCAGAUCCUCAGCUGGUCUCAGGAGCUCUGACAGAUGUGGCCAAACACCUGGGCAACCUGUCCUUCAGAGUCUGGGAGAAGAUGAAGGAUGAGGUCCACUUCAGUCCUGUCAUUCUGGACCCAAACACUGCAAGCGGAUGGCUCCAUCUGUCUGAUGAUCUGACCAGUGUGAGAUGUAGAGACACGGAGCAGCAGCUCCCUGACAAUCCAGAGAGAUGCACUGAGUAUCCCAUUGUCCUGGGCUCUGAGGGCUUCAGGUCAGGGAACCACAGCUGGGAGGUGGAGGUGGGAGACCAUCCUGUCUGGAAUGUGGGUUUGGCUAAAGAGUCAGUUGACAGGAAGGGAGAGAAUCCUGCCUCACCAAACUAUGGAAUCUGGUGUUUCUUGCAUCGCAAUGGAAGAUACACUGAUGGUGUUGGUAACACUGUUACACUGCAGAAGAGUCUUCAGAGGAUCAGGGUCCAGCUGGACUACAACAGGGGGGAGGUGUCCUUCUACGACCCUGAAGACAUGACUCACAUCUUCACUCACAGAGACACGUUCACUGAGAAACUCUUCCCAUAUUUUGAUAUUGGAGGGGCUGAUGAUGCCAAGACCACUGAUAUCAAACUCUGUCGACGUGAGAUUUCUCUGUGAUGCUCAGGGAUGUUAGUUUUUCUAUCGUGAUGGUUUGAGGUUUAUUACCCUCUAAACUCAUCAUCCCACCCUACACCCAACCAAGCAUUCUACACCUGCUUACCUGUCAGUUUUUCUUUGAACCACAUUUGAUUUGGUGUUGAGGGUCACCAAAAUAUUCAGCCUGCUGUGUCUGUGGUCUGAAAUGACUCAUCCAAAAUCCUGUUGAAAAAAACUGAAAACAUCUCAACAAUUGUUAGCUACUUUUGACACAUACACACAUAUAUACUCUGACUUCAUUUUCUGUUUAGGUCAGAUUUGGAAGAAGCAAGGUAAACAAGAGGUAAUCCAGAGAAAGAAAAGAUCUACUACAUCCUGACACUGUGGUCCGUCAUCAGAUCAGGUGAUACACUUUGAGACAGGUUCACAUCAAGUCUCAUUUUUAAAUAAGAACUUAGUAGAGACCGAUUAGCAGAAUAUUGUUUUUAUUCAAGCAAAUUGUAACAGACACUGAAUUGACUGUAUCAAAUACUUUGUUGGCAAUUGUGUGAUUUCUUUCCUUUUUUUACUUUCAUCAUCAUCAGCCGUCUGUUUUAGUUUGUAAGAUUUCUGAUUAUUCCUUUGUUCCUCAGGAGCAUUGAUCUGUUAUCAAGGGUCACAGACAAUUUUUUUUUCUUACUGUCUCUAGUGUCUGAAACGAAUUAGGUAAAGUGUUUUUUAUCUUCACUUGUUUUAUGGGAAACUCACUGCAAAUACAUGAAUACCCAAACCGUUGCUUUUCCAUGAAAGUCAUUUACUCAUUGUUGUGUUUUCUUUCAUUAAGAUUAAUUAAUGAUGUUAACUCCUGCUGUUGAUAUUCCACUUAUGCUGCUUUCUUAGCUUGAAAAAAUAGAUUUAGUAUGUAUGUUCUUGGGUUUUUUGAUGAUUUGAUGUAUUUGAUGAGUUAUGGAUCUGUUGUUUUAAUCUUUGGAAACAAGUGUGUCAAGAUAGUUUUAAUUGAAUGAAGUAUUUAAUUAUUAUUAUAUGCUUUUGCAUACUUUAUUUUUCAUUUUCGUACUGUAUAUGUGGUGAAUAACAUGAAUGAUAAAUGGCAACGUCCAGUUCAUGAUAAUGAGGUGUAAGUUUAUAAAAUG